GCGUGUUCUUUCAAUAUAUAACCGACUCUGAAUGACAUCAUUAUUUUUCUUGCGCUUGCUUUCACACUUCUUAUGUAAUCCACCUACUCGCAUAACAGCCUUCAAACCAUUACAAAAUCAUGCAAACUUUUUCCUACUCUAAUUUAUCACGGACAUCAUCAUCAUCACCACCCAACCUCCCCUAUCUCAUUGUGAUAUUAUUUCAGAGAAAAUUGCCCAUGAUGUGGCUCUUCAGUUACCCAUAGCUAUCAUCCGGUUCUGUACACCCUCCCUCUUCUUCAAUUAUUACAUCCAGUACAGUCAAAAAGAACAAUCCUAUCUUUUACUACCGAAAAGAUAAACAAUCUUCGGAGAGAAAUGAAGGUGUUGUCAUAUUCCAGCGUGGUUGAGGGUCUGAGGCCACUUGUGGGUGGCAAUGGCUGGGACUACUGCAUCCUGUGGAAAUUGUCUCAAGAUCAGAGGUUUUUGGAGUGGAUGGGAUGCUGUUGUAGCGGAACAGAGGCAAGCAUUGCGAAUGGUGGAGGGCUUUUCUCUGGUGAUGAAACAUUUCAGAAAUCACCAUGCAGGGAUUUAAUGCUGCAGCAUCCAAGAACAAGGGCAUGCGAUGCUCUCUCAGAGUUUCCUUCUUCCAUCCCCUUGGAUUCCUCUUUAGGCAUUUACGCACAAGUAUUGAUGUCGAACCAGCCAACUUGGCAAACACUUCAUGAUGCGGUUGGAGCAAAGACUAGGGUUCUUGUUCCUAUUGCUGGUGGACUAGUUGAGCUACUAGUCUCGAAGCAAGUUGCUGAGAACCAACAGAUGACAGACUUCAUCAUGUCACAAUGCAACGGGAGCAUCUACGACCAUCCAACUGCGGGUAAUUUCCUUGAUGAUCAGAGUUUCCAGUGGGAGGCAUCCGCAGGUGGCCAAUCACAACCCUACGCAUCUCCGAUGAACAUCUUCGACCAGUUGCAGCUCGAUGCGGCUGCAACAAUGGACAGCACGGGGUACGGGCAGCAGGCAGGGCUGACGAGUGUGCAUCAGCAAAAGGAAUCUGCUCCAGCGGAGAAGGAAUCGGUGAAACAUGAGGGCGGCAGUGCGCGAGGAGAUUCGGGGACGGAGGGGAGUGAGGAUGAUGAGGAGGGGAGGGCGGUAGGGAAGAACGGGAAGCGGCAUCAUGCAAAGAAUCUUGUGGCGGAGAGGAAGAGGAGGAAGAAGCUUAAUGAUCGGCUCUACGCUCUCAGGGCCUUGGUUCCUAAAAUCACAAAGAUGGAUAGAGCAUCGAUUCUUGGAGAUGCGAUAGAGUAUGUGAUGGAGUUACAGAAGCAGGUAAAAGAUCUGCAGGACGAGCUCGAGAAUGAAUCAAAUCCAGAUGACACCGAUUCAAAGCAAAUCGAAAGCAACUAUGACAAUGUGGAAACAGGCAAUCGAAAUGGGAUGAUAAAUUAUAAUCUCAUGGAGCUUGAGGAGUCCCUUAACGCUACAAGUACGAGAAAUGCUAAGACUGUUGAUCAGUCGAACAAUGAGGAGAAGGGGAAUCAAAUGGAGCCACAAGUGGAGGUGAAGCAGCUGGAAGCUAAUGACUUCUACCUCAAGGUUUUUUGUGAGCAUAAGGUUGGAGGAUUUGCAAGGCUGAUGGAGGCAAUGAGCUCGCUUGGGCUGGAGGUGACCAAUGCAAGUGUGACUACUCUUCAGUCUUUAGUACUGAAUGUUUUCAGGGUGCAGAAGAGGGACAAUGAAACGAUGCAAGUCGAUCAAGUCAGGGAUUCAUUGCUGGAGCUGACUCGAGGGCCAAUCCGAGGGUGGCCGGAGCCUGGACACACUACAGAAAACCGCGGUGGAGAUUGCCAUCAUGACAAUGGUCACCACCUCCAUCACCACCAGCUUCACUAUGUCCAUCAACAGCCAUGACUCUUUACAGUGAUCAGUAUCAUAAGUGUUGCACUAUGUGCUUUGCUUUGUUAUAGUGCAAAGUUUGGCUGACAAUAAUGGGUUGUAGUUUGACUAAGACUCUAGUUAUUGUUCAAUAAGUAUUUAAUUUGCUGAAAUACGUACUCAUCA